AUGGCUGACGCAGCAACUGCACUGAAAUUUAAGUGGUUGGAUCAGGAAACCCAGAAAACGAUGAGAAAACUAUUCCCAGGUGAACGCGGUGGUUUUGUUCGCAUUGGUCCUAAGGGGUACCUCGUAACUGAGAGGUAUAAGGAAAUGGCAGCCGAUAUUUAUAAUAUGGAAAUUAGACCGAGCGAUGUUUGGGUUGUCACUUAUGCACGAUCAGAUGCUCGACGCCAGUUUUAUCAUUGGGUGUUAGACAGGCGUCUCAUCACUUGCCCAGUUUAUGAAAUAAUGGCUCAAACGAAGCGAAUAUCUAAGGAAAAAUUGAAAUAG